CCCAAUCGCCCCUCCGUGAAUUCGUCCCGUAUACUACGGUCUUGUUUACUGGGUUCGUUCCUCCCCUCCGAAGCGAUUCCGAAUUCCAUAUCUCUCCGAUCUUAUCGAUCUUACCAAAAUCCUACAAACCAAAGGCGCCUUCGUCCAUGGAGAGCGGCUGCGGCGACUUGGGCUCGUCCACCGCCCCCCUCACCUGGCACGACUUCUUGGAGCGCAUGCGCCAACCCUCCGCGGCCGAUUUUGUCAAAUCCAUUAAAAGCUUCAUUGUGACCUUCUCAAAUAAAGCUCCUGACCUAGAGAAAGAUAGCGACGCUGUGCAAGAGUUUCUUGCUGACAUGGAAGAUGCUUUUCGGGCCCAUAAGCUUUGGGCCGGUAGUUCAGAAGAAGAGUUGGAAAGUGCUGGUGAGGGUCUUGAGAAAUAUGUCAUGACGAAACUAUUUAAUCGGGUCUUUGCGUCAGUUCCAGAAGAUGUGAACAGCGAUGAACAACUUUUUGAGAAAAUGGCUUUACUCCAACAAUUUGUGCGACCAGAAAAUUUGGAGAUCAAACCAGCGUUUCAUAAUGAAACAUCUUGGUUGCUUGCACAGAAGGAACUGCAGAAGAUUAAUAUGUACAAGGCUCCUAGAGAUAAGCUUGUUUGUAUCCUCAAUUGUUGCAAAGUUAUUAAUAACUUACUGUUAAAUGUUUUUAUUGCAUCGGAUGAGAACCCUCCCGGAGCUGAUGAAUUUCUUCCAGUCCUCAUUUAUGUGAUUAUUAAGGCAAACCCUCCACAGUUGCAUUCAAAUCUGUUAUACAUACAACGAUAUAGACGUAAAUCACGAUUAGUCUCUGAAGCUGCAUAUUUUUUCACUAAUAUCCUCUCCGCAGAAACUUUUAUUUGGAACAUUGAUGCACAAGCACUUUCAAUGGAUGAAAUUGAGUUCCAAAAGAAAAUGAAUUGUGCUAGAGAACAUUUGCUUGGUUUAUCAACUAACUCAGAAAAUCCCGUAAGUCAAACCAAACUUGAUGGCACGCAGAAAACAGAAGAAAUUUUGAAAACUAACAGGCUUUCGGACUGCUAUCUACCUGCAAUCAGGCAACAAAACAAUUCAAACCAAGCAAAUGAGGUAAGCAUGAAUUUAGGUGGCCAGAAUAUACUAAUUCCAAGGAAGCAAUCCGUUUCAGAUUUAGAGAAUAAAGGAAGCAGCGAUCUACUGAAGGAUGAUCACUUGAUCAGAUAUUUUCAGCAGUACCCUUUCCUAUAUGCUCGUGCUGGAGAUCUAUCAGUUGAGGAUGUAGAAAACCUCCUGAAUUGCUACAAAAAACUUGUUCUAAAGUAUAUAUCUCUUUCCAAAGGAAUGGGUGUUAUCAAUGAAUCUCUUCCUGGUCAAAACAUGCAAAUGCUGUCAAAAACUGAGACUCUGAAAGAAUUCGAUGAUGCGAAGGUGCUGGGGAUAAACAGUGAGAAAGAUGAAGGGAUUUACAGAGAAGAUGAUGUUUCAAUUGAAAAUUUGCUUUCUGGAGGAGAUGACUCGGAGACCAAGAGAACUAGCGGUGGAUUAGUUGAUAAUCCAAGUGCAGAGAGGGAGAAGGAAGUCUGUCCUUAGUCUUGAUGCACUUCACCACUUGUUUGAAAUGGGAAAUUUCUCUUAAUCCAUACUUUUAAAGCAGGGAAAUAAUCGUCUGCGCGAAAAGUGUUAUUCUAAACAAUUUGAUGUAUCAAAUCGAGCAUUUUACUGGUGUUUCAUUCCCCGUAUCAAAACCUCAUUAGAAGCAGAAACAAAUCCUUCCUCUGAAGAAACAGAUCGAGUAUUUCAGCAGUGCGCACAUGUGCUGGUAUGUAUACUCUUUCGAGCAUGAUCUUGUUUUAUAAGAUGGUCUCUCUUGUUUGACCUCAGAGGCAUGUGUCCCUGUUAACUUAUUCUUAGCUUGUGCAGCUUGUGCAGAUGUUCAUCCAUUUUUUUUUUGUAUGUUGUAAUAUUAAUGUGUAUCCGUUUUUAACAUUCCUGCCAUCUUAAUUGGAGCUCUGCUGGGAUUA